AUGGGUAAGAAUACAGAGCAAAGAAAACCAAAAUCACAAAAAGGUGCUAUUAGUGCUUCUCAAGCAGCGAAUGUACUUUCUAGUAAAUCUGGUAGUAGUUCUAGUGGUGGUUUAUUGGGAAGCUCAUUGAUGGAAGCCUUUAGUAAAAAAUCAAGCCUUGGCUCAUCAUCAUUGGAUUCAUCUUCAUCAUCUUCAUCAUCAUCAUCACUCGAUCCAACUGUACAAUCCUAUUUAAAACAUUUAAAUAAGAGAGAUCCAACAACAAGAUGUAAAGCAUUACAAUCUCUUACACAAUACAUUUCCGAACAACAACCAGAAGAUCAAACUAAUACAUGUAAAAACAUUUUAGAACAUUUUGAAGAAGUAUUUAAAAAGAUUGCAGUGAUAGACCUUGAUAGAAAAGUUAGAUUAAAUUUAUUUAUUUUAUGGAAAUUAAUUGUUCAAAAUGUAGGAAAGAAAUUAGGUUUUCAUAUUAAAAAGAUUAUGCCAUAUUGGUUAAUGGAAAUGGUUGGAAUUGAUGAUAGAGAUGUUUCUAAAGCUGCUAUUGCUGCAUUUCAUCAAGGAUUUCCUCCAGAAAAGAGAGAUGCUGCUAUUUUAUACUGCGAUAAUGAAAUUAUGAAUAAUUUAUUUGAAAAUUUUAAUCAAACUGUAGAAUCUUUAAGUUUAAACGAAACUGAACAACAAAGUAUUACUAAAGAAGAAGCAGAAGAAAGAUAUUCAAGAUUUAUUACUAGUUCUAUUCUAAUGUUAAACAAAAUGAUUGAUUUAACUACCCAACAACAACAACAAACAAGUCAACCAGCAACAGGUGAAUCCUAUAAGAAAAUAUUUGGAUCUAAGAAUUUUUGGAAGUUUUUAGGUAUUAAAUCUUAUACAAAUAUUAGAGAAGCUAUGAGUAGAUUGACAAUUACUUUACUCAAGAAUGAUUUAUUGAAAAAGGAUGAUCCUGAAGUAGUUGAACAUAUUGUUCCAUUUGUUGCUCCAAUUUUUAUUGGAUGUUUUAAUCAACAACCUUUAGAAAGAACAACUUUGGAUUCUUUAAUUUUGUUUUUACAAAAAUUUGCUCCUGAAUGUUGGGCUCAUGUUAAUGUUUGGAAACAAACAUUCCCUAGAUUCUUUUCAUUCCUUAAAGAUCCAUCUAAUCCAUCAAUUAACUAUCCAAUUGUAUUACCUUUCAUUUCAAUGUUAAAUACUUCUAUUUAUGGAGCUGAUAAGUCAAUCAAAUUUGUUUCUGAUUUAUUUGAAAAUAUGUGGAUUGGUUUUGAAAAGUAUUGUUCUUCAAAUAAUCCAAAUGUAAAUUCUGCUACUAAUAGACAAGCUAUUAAAGCUGAUAGAGAUGCAAUUAUUGAUUCUAUUUGUAAUUGUAUUAUUUACAUUGCUUUGCAAACUGAAAAAUAUUGCACUGAAGAACAAAAACCAGAAAUUCUCAAAAUUACUAGAUCUACCUUAGAAAAGAUUACCAUUUAUUAUUUAACAAAUUCAAAUACUGUUAAUUAUGGUAAAUAUCUUUCAGCUGCAAUUACAAAGAUACAAUCAAAACCAGAAUUAGCAGAAUAUAUGAAUCAAUUUUGGAGUGAAAUUACAAACUUUACUUUGAAUAAUAUUAACAAGAUUGAUGUAGUUUCAAUUGAAAUUUUCAUUUCUAGGUGUGUUAAAGAAAAAUUGGAACAUGUUUUUAAACUUGCUCAUGAAUUAUUUGACAAGUGUAUGAUGAUUGGACAAAUUGAUGUUGCAUCCGCAGUUGCAUUCUCCUAUCCAACUGUAUUGAAAUCAACAUUAUUUGAAGAUACUUUGAAAACUUUAUGGCAAACAAGUCAAUUCAAUGAACAUGUUCAACAAAUUGUUGGUCUCUAUUUUACUCAAUUCCAAGAUCAAUUUGAAAAGUUUGAAAAAGUUUUAGAAGAAGAAAUUAAAGAAGGAAGAGCUCAAGUUCCAAUUUUCCCACUCCUCAGAUCACUCUACUCUGAGGAAGAAACAUUCAGCAAGACUAGUGUUUCAUUGGAAAAGUCAUUGUUGGCUAGAAGAGAUCUCGACAGUAUUGAAUAUCUCAUCACUCACAAACUCUAUUCAUCAAAGGAAGAUUUGAGAAGACUUUUAACUGAUAUCAUUUCCAAUGGAGAUGAUUUACAAGAAAGAGCUGUUGAAUUUAUCAUUUCUACACCAAGUGAAUAUAGUAUUGACAAGAGUGUUUUGUUUGCUUUAUUCAAGGGUGCUCAUUAUGGUACUUUGGCUCAAUUAAUUUCUGAUAAACCAAAGCAACAAGAAGACGAUGAGGAGGAAGAACAAGAUCAUGAUGAAGAGGAAGUUUACACCAAUGUUAUUACAAGUGAAAUGAAGAGUGAAUUGUUGAAUGAUAUUACCAUCUAUUUGAAAGAUAUCAUUACACAAGAUUCCAAGAUUACCAAUGAUAUUAUUUUAGAUCAAUUCCUUAAACUUGUAGAAUUAUCUGGUAGUAAUACUCUUGCUGAUUCUGUUUUAUUGAAUUAUGAAAAUGAUUCAGUUUGGUCUUUUAUUAGAAAUCAAUGUGCAUCCAAUCUUAAACCAAUUGUUAUUGGUAAUCAAGUUAUUUGGAAUAGUACAAAAGAUACCAAUGUUUCUGAAUUGGAAAAGUCAGUUAUCAAGUAUAGUCGUUUAGUUUGUGUUGUAUUGUCCUAUGUUGAAGCAAUUCACAAGAAUCAAAUGGAAAUUAGAGAACAAAAAUGGGAAUGGCUUGUUAGAGAAGUUUUACAUUCCUUCUAUUUUGAAUUCUUAUUCAAUGAUUUUACCAAGAAUUUAAUUAACAAAUUCUUAGCUCAUGUUAAUUCAACUGAAGGUUUAAAUCUUGAAUUUUGUGAAUAUUUAGCUCAUAGACAUGAAUUGGAAUUGUUAAAGAUUUACAUUUCCAUGAAUUCUGAUAAGGUUUCUGGUUUAGAUUGUAGCAAGUUAUUAUUCAAAACAGAAGAUGUUAAUGAUGUUAUUUCUGAUAAGAACAAAUCUAAUACUUUCUAUGAACUUGUUCAAUCAUUAUUUGAUAAUGACACUGAUUUGAGAGGUUUAACAAUUUCCAAUGAAAAAGUAACUGAAUGGUUACUUGGAUGUAUUAGUAUUUCAAGUACAUUGGAUAAUCUUUCAGAGAGUAGCUAUGAUCACUUAAAUUUAAUCAAAGUACAAGCAGCUUUAUCAAUUGUCUAUUGUAAACAAUUUGUCAAUACUUUAGAAGAUGAAGAAGAAAUUACCAUUGAUUCUAUUAUUGAUUUUGCUAAAGAAUUUUAUGAACAAAUCAAACAAUCAAAUUCUUCUACUGAAUUGAAUCAAAUUAGUAUUAUUGUUGCUAAUUUAUUAAUUAGUGUUUAUGGAACUAAUGAUACAGUUAAAAUUGAAGAUAAUACCUUUGUUGAACAAUUUAUUACUUCAAACUUGCAAGAAUUAACAAAUAAUUUAGAAAAUAAUUUCGAGUUACUUGAUAAGAUUAUUCAUUUAUCAGCAUGUGUCGCUAAACACAAGAAGAAUAUUAUGAUUGUUGAAAAACUCAUUCAUACAUUCUUACUUUUGAAUAGAGAAUCUUUAAAUCUCUCAAAUCAAUAUCCAACUGUUAUGGAGAGACUUAUUAGUAGAAGUUCAAAAUAUUUGAAACCAUUACAAUUAUAUCAAAAUUAUUCUGAAAUUAAAUUAGAAAGUAAUUAUAUUAAGGAAAUUUUAGAAAUUAUUGAAAAUAGUCAAAUUGCCAAUGCUAAAAUUGUUGCAACUGAUUUACUGUUAUUAACAAAUUAUCAUCAAGAUGGUGAAAAAGUUUUAAAACUUAUGGAAAAUAUGAAGAAACAUGUACCUGAACAAUUUAAUAAUAUUCUUCAAGAAAGUGCAGUUAGAAAUAAGCACAUGACACAAUUUGUUCAAUUAUAUUCUGAAUAUAGUAAUGAUAAUAAUAAUGAGUUACCAUAUUUAUUAUCUUGGUAUUAUAUUCUUUGUUUAAUUGAAACAGAUGCAAUUUCUCAAGAUCAAAAUGAUAAUUCCUUUGAUUUAUUUACCAAACUUAAAGAAAGUCAAGCUUAUGCACCAAUUUUAAGUUUAUUAACAUGUUUCUUAUAUAGUGGUGAGGAUGCAAUGUUUUCAAUGGAAUUUAGAGAAUUUGGAGAUGAUUUAAUGUACAAAUUUUCUAAAGUUUUACCUUUAUUUGUUAGAAUGUGGUUUAAUAAUUGUAAUGAUACAGUUACAAUUGAUUGGAUUCAAAAGAGAUUUUCUGAUUCAUAUAGUCCUGCCAUUAUUAGAGAUGAAAUUUCAAAGAUUAAAAAAUCAGAUGCACUCUCAAAAUCACUUGGAGCUAAAAUUUCAAUGGGAAAUCAAAUUAUUGCCAAAUAUGAACAAGAUGAAGUAGUGUUAAAAUUAACAAUCAAAAUACCAGAUUUAUAUCCAUUGAAACCACUUCAAAUUGAAUCUAAUGAACAUUCAGCAGUUGAUGAAAAUAAGUAUAGAAAAUGGAUAUUGAAAAUGACAACCAUGUUAUUUAGUCAAGUAACAAGUAAUGGUGUUUCAGAUGUUUUAGUUUUAUGGAAGGAGAAUUUAGACAAACAUUUCCAAGGAGUUGAACCAUGUCCAAUUUGUUACAGUGUUGUUUCUGGAAGAGAUCACCAAAUACCAAAAGUUGAAUGUAAAAUUUGUCAUAACAAAUUCCAUGGUGCUUGUAUUUAUAGAUGGUUCUCUACAAGUGGAAAUCAAACUUGUCCAAUGUGUCGUAGUAUUGGUCAAUUUGUUUCAAAUCAUAAAUAAUUUGUUCUUUUUUC